AUGAGUGAUUCUCACUCUUGUCUUAAAGUUAUUUUGUCUAACCUUAAGGACAAGGUGAUCGGUGAAAACUCACAGCCCAACCUAGUUUUUGUGGAAUGGGGCAUGGUCUCAUGGCCCAAAUUUUUCCAAGAUAGAGAAUUCAAUUUUGUGAAGUAUCGCAUUGACGAACUCAACGAAAAAACAUACACAUACAAUUACACAUUGGUAGGAGGUGAUUCCUUGGAAGCAAAGCUCCAGAAAAUAACUUAUGAGAUCAAAUUCGAGCAGGCAUCGGAUGGUGGUUCAAUCUCUAGGGUGACCAGCAACUAUUAUACAGAUGGUGAUUUUGUGCUCAAAGAAGAAGAUAUCAAGGCAGGCAAAGAAAAGGUCAUGGCAAUGUACAAGGUUGUGGAAGCUUAUCUUCUCCAAAAUCCCGACGCCUACUCUUAA